AUGGCGUCCUCCUCCUCCUCCUCCUCUGUCGCCGUCGCGGCGGCCCUGCUCCUCUGCAUCCUCGCCGCGCACGGCCACGGCUGCUGCGCCAAGCGCAGCGGCGGCGGCGGCGGCAAGAAGCCCCAUUCCCACCACGCGCCCCCGCACGCCCACGGGGCGCCGCCCCCUUCUUCCCCGCCGGCCGCCGGCGCGCCGUCCUACGGCUACGGGUCCCCUCCUCCCCCGGCCGCCAUCCCGCCUCCUCCUGCGGCCCCUCCUGCGGCGAAUUCCAGCUCCAACAGCACCAAUGUCGACGCCGGCGGCUGGCUGGACGCGAGGGCGACGUGGUACGGCGCGCCCAAGGGCGCCGGGCCCGACGACAACGGCGGCGCCUGCGGGUUCAAGAACGUCAACCUGCCGCCCUUCUCCGCCAUGACCUCCUGCGGCAACGAGCCGCUCUUCAAGGACGGCAAGGGCUGCGGCUCGUGCUACCAGAUACGGUGCGUGUCGGCGGGCCACCCGGCGUGCUCCGGCGUGCCGGAGACGGUGAUCAUCACGGACAUGAACUACUACCCGGUGUCCCGCUUCCACUUCGACCUCAGCGGCACCGCCUUCGGCGCCAUGGCCAAGGACGGCCGCAACGACGAGCUCCGCCACGCCGGCAUCAUCGACAUGCAGUUCAGGAGGGUGCCGUGCCAGUACCCGGGGCUCACGGUGACGUUCCACGUGCAGCACGGCUCCAACCCCUACUACCUGGCCAUCCUGGUGGAGUACGAGAACGGCGACGGCGACGUGGACCAGGUGGACAUCAUGCAGUCGCGGCCGGACGCCGCCGCCGGCGAGGGCGGGAUGGCGCCGACGGGGGAGUGGGUGCCCAUGACGGAGUCGUGGGGGUCCAUCUGGCGGAUGGACACGCGGCGCCCCAUGCAGGGCCCCUUCUCGCUGCGCAUCACCAACGAGUCCGGCAAGACGCUCGUCGCCGACCAGGUCAUCCCCGCCGACUGGGAGCCUAACGAGAUAUACAGCUCCAUCAUCCAGUUCGACUAA